ACCAAUUUCCGUCUUGGAUAUUCCAAAACGUUUGACAAAUAAAUAAACACAAAAUAAAUCAAAAAGCAACACGGCAAGGUGGGUGAAUUUCGCUACAGGGAACCUACGCAUCAUUUUAGAGCGUCGCGCAACAAGAAACUCAAAGCGGCAAUAUGAAAAGGUGAAAUGAGCAAUUCCAACUGUGCUGGUUAGUAAAUGAUGGUGCUUAAAAUCGGCCGUUAUGGUAAAUCAAAAACUCGGCUAUUUUAUUACGUUAAUAUUUAUAAGUAUUGUUGCGACGUUCUAUCAGAUCCAGUUGAGUAGAUUACAAGAGAGAUUAGAUAAUUUAGUAAAUGCUCAGAGGUACAUUCCUAGACCGUCGGAAGUUGAAAGAGGUGUCGAUUUCACCGACGAAGAGGAUGUCCUAGUGUUAUACAACCGCGUACCGAAGACGGGUUCGACGAGUUUCGUGGGGAUCGCGUACGAGCUGUGCAAGAGGAACGCAUAUCAUGUGCUUCACGUGAACAUAACCGCAAACAGUCACAUAUUGUCGUUAAACAAUCAAAUAAGUUUCGUAAAUAACGUGACGAAUUGGAAGUCAAUGAAACCCGCCCUGUACCACGGUCAUUUCGCAUUUAUCGAUUUUUCCAAGUUCGGAUUUCCAAAGCCCUUGUAUAUCAACAUAAUUAGGAGACCUUUAGACCGAUUUAUAUCCUAUUACUAUUUCGUAAGGUACGGCGAUAAUUUUCGACCCUACUUAAUAAGAAGGAAGCAUGGUGAUACCAUAACAUUCGACGAAUGUGUGGAACGGGACUUGCCCGACUGCGACCCCAAUCUUAUGUGGCUGCAGGUCCCCUUUUUUUGCGGCCACGCCUCAAAUUGCUGGAAACCGGGUAACAAGUGGGCGCUCACCGAAGCUAAGAAGAAUCUCGUAAAUAAUUAUUUUUUGGUUGGUGUCACCGAAGAGCUCGAAGAUUUUAUCGGGGUCCUCGAACAGUCCCUGCCGAGAUUAUUUAAGGGAGCAACGAAUCACUAUCUAAACAGUAAUAAGUCGCAUUUGAGGCAGACCGUGCAAAAGGACUCGCCUUCCGAUGAAACCGUUAAAAAAAUCAAGCAGAGCGCGAUAUGGCAGAUGGAAAAUGAAUUCUAUGACUUCGCCGUUGACCAUUUCCAUUUUGCCAAGAAGAACACUUUGAAAAAUAAGCUGCAGAAGGUUAUGUAUGAAAAAAUAAGGCCCAAAUCACCCGCAUAAUUGUCUGUGGUUGCAAGUAGGGCUUUUUAUAGUUUUGGAAUAUAUUUGUUCUUUUUUUAAGUAUAUUUUUUUUAAAUCUUACUUGAAACCAACCAAAAUUAACCAAACUGUUUUAUCUGUCAACCUGGGGAUUCC